UCAUUGAUGUUUUCUCACUUUAUUUUAUUUCUUUUUUUCCUCAAACCAAACAAAUUAUAAUUCUUAUCAUUGAAUGGAACCCUUAGCAACCUCUUCGAGACCUAGGAUUCUGAGAUACCUCAUUUGGGAAACCCUAGUGGCGAUCCUUCGGUAUAGGUCUCCUGACUAUCGGUAUUAAGAGACAAUGGUCAUUCAGCCAAGCUUCUUUAUCUAUAUCAUGAAAGAAGGUUGUGUGGAUGAAUAAUGUCGUCUACUAAUACCGAAGGAUUGCCACACUAGUUUUAUCGCGUUUAAUUCUAUAUUGACUCAAAUAUUCCCACGAUGUGUUCCUGGGACGUGUAUAAUGAGGUGCUUUAUUAUGACAUGUUACAAAGUAAAUUCAAGAUGGAACAUUCCAGCAAUUACUCCAACCACCUGUGGAACGCUUGUUAACUCCCCGCCGGAUUCGGACUAUUUUCAAACAGGAAGGAUAUUUUAGGAGUGACAAAUGUUCUCCCAAAAUCACCAAUUCUUCCUAAAUGACAUUUGCGUGUUUGUGAAGAGAGAAGAGACAGAGACAGAGCUUAUUGUCAAGGGAGAUAACCGAGGAAGAUUUUGUUGCUUAGCAACAAAGGUUUAAUGACACUUUGAUAUUUCGUUUCCAUUCAUUUGUGAAACGAUUGAAACAGUUUAAUUUCUCUGAUAAUAUUUGUCUUUAGAGUUUGUCUUUUCUUCCGCUAUAUCCCGUCACAGUCCGUUCUGUACCGUUUUUAAUUCGUUACGUUCCGUUACACUCCGCUAGCAACUAGUAAUAUUCGUAAACAAUAUUUUAUUUUAUAUCAGUUUCAGGAGAACUCCCUUUGUUGAUUUGGUGAUCCGACAUGUCUAAAACAAUCUUGUCACCAAACGGUGAAUCGAAAGUGAUAACAGUUCGACGUACAGAAUCUAUUGAUAUCCCAAACAUCUUCAAACUUAUUGAUCAGAAUACAGAGAAAUAUUUUGGGAAACUCAAUGUUUUUAAUUUCAUAGAGAAAGCUGUUUUUUCCAUCUGUUUGGUUGACGAAGAUGACGAGAUAUAUGGACAUGCAACAUUUUUUGAUUUCCCUAAUAUUGACGGCGUGGACCCAGCCAGCUGGGAAGACUGGUUGUCUGCGGCGUCCGAAUCAAGUUACACACCAUUGAACACUCUCUUUAUCGGUCUUUUUGCAUCGAAAAAGGAAUACAUGAGAGGCUGCAUGCGUGAAAUCUUACACACAAUGUUUAUAGCUGUGCCUGAUGUCCAUUACUGCUUUCUGGUCCUGCCAGAAAAUGUCUCCCUUGAUAAUUCUUUUGUGAACAUCUUCAGGAACAUUGCUCAACUCCAGCAAUCGGUCGGAGACAAAUACUUCUCCAUCUUCUUGAGUGAACGCUACAUGUUUGAACCCAUGUUGCACAUAAGGAAUGCCAGGGUAGAAGACACAGAUGAGCUGACACCCCUCUUUGACUCCCUAAACAACACCCUACAGGCUGUUUAUGGGGAUUAUUAUUUGGCUGAGCUGAUUGAGUCCCAGAAUGAUGAGAUGCAAUGCAUUGUGGCUGAGGUUAAUGAUUACGCUGUCGGUUUAAUGAGUAUCAACAGCAACGUUGAUGUGGAAUUCUUGAAUAACAGCUACGACCUGGAGGUGUUUCGUAGCCUGGAGCAGAAGAAAACUGGUUUUCCCAACCUCACUCAGAAAAUAGCCUUUUCUACCGGUUCGGCAAUGUUUCAGAAGUCUGAAGAAUUUGCUUUCCUUCCAGUGCCAAACAAUUCUCUUUCCUCCCUUGGCCCCGAAAGUGAUAUGGCCAUUUCCACAGAAAGUUCUACUGAAAUGGUCAAGCAACUUCGAAGUUGCUCGGCAGAGGAUGUUGAUCUACAUACUGAUGGACGCACCAGCUCAGACUUCAAAUCCGAUCAGAAGACAAAUGCUUUUUACAUCCAGUUGUUUGCCAUCAAUGAAAAAUACCAAACAAGGGCAGAAGACUUCCUCAUGAAAGCCUUUGAGCUUUUUCCUGACUUUGACAUGUGCAUCAUCUCCAUUCCUCAUCUCGUCCCAGAGUUUCCUUUGUUGCGACUUUUUGUGAGAGCAACUCCAAGAAAGGGCUGUUUUCCUCCUCAAGAACUAUAUGUCUUUCAUAAGUCAGGACUUAUCAAGGAUAUUAAAGUGCGAAAGGCCUGCACAUCUGACUUUGAAAACAUCUGGUUUUUGACCAAAAAUAUUCGACAACAAGAGAAACUUCUGGACGACUUGCAGCAGUUUAACGAUUACCGCAGAGACAAAGACGGUACCGACAUAAUGGCAUAUGUGGCCACCGUGGCCGACCGACUUAUUGGAGUGGCUCUCUUACGUAAUGAAGAGGAUAUUGAAUACCUACGAUCUCACUACAACAUCGAGGAUUAUAUAUUUUUUAACCACCAUAAGCAGAGUGAACAUGCCCACCUCUAUCACUUUAUUAUGAAUCCGGCUUUCAAGUAUUUAUCCAAAUUCUUCAUGAGGGAAAUUCUACGACAGAGUUACAAGAACUGCCUUUAUUAUCCACUCUUCCCUUUAUAUGCUUCACGAAAUUUUAUUGGAUCUCAUUCCAUCAUCACUGCUCUCUCAGACAUGAUACCAGUCAGGUAUCGCAGACAAAUUGUCUAUCCACCAAACCUUGGCAUUAAUGCACCUUCAGACCAAGUCUUGAAGGAAGUACCAGCUUUUGCUUUGACACAUAUGAACCGAAAGUUAGCACUGGAACCGAAGAUGACAAUAAAUGCUCGGAUUGUUGUUGUAGGUGCAUCCACGGUGGGCUUGUCCUUUCUGGAGACAUUGAUCUUCUGUCCUCAUUUGAAUUUCAACAACAUCACCCUGGUUUCACCCCAUGGUCUGCCAGCAGAGUCAAAGCCCGACCCACAUCUUCAGAAUAUGAUGGCAUCAAAUUUCUACUACAGUCCAGAUCACCUGGCCAGAACAUCACUGAGGUCAUGGGUGAGUGUGGUCAAAAGUAAGAUGACCAAAAUUGUAAGAGAGAAGAAACAUCUUAUUACAUCUAAUGGCCACACCAUUCCAUAUGACCACCUCUUCCUCUGCUGUGGUCUUCAAUAUACUUCUGUGGUUUGGGAUGUCAAGAAUCCUUUUGCCAAACAGGACCGUUCCUUCUUUGUCAUAAACAAUUUGGUUGAUGCAGCUGAAGCCAUUAAAUGGGUCGUCCUGCACGUCCUUUGUGCACCAGUAUGGAGCCCUGAGAACUUGUGGAAGCACAGCCCAGUGCCAGGGUCGGAUAAAACAGGUAACAUUAUAAUCUACGGUGACACUCUUGAUGCUUACUGCUUCCUGCAGACAAUGCUGGAACUGGGCCUUUCUGGUAAAUCCAUUCACCUGAUGAUUCCGACAACAGAAAAAGUGGCUCCUGAGGUGAAUGACUAUAUCGAGGAAAUGAUCUUCAGUGAGUUGGUCAAUCAGAACGUUCAGAUCCAUUUCAAUUGCGACUUUGUCAAGUGGAGUACCAUCGAGGACUCUUCAAGCAGAUAUGCCUACUUCCACGACAGACGGAAAUCCUUUAAAAUUGAGUAUGUUGUGUUCUUCUGUUACCACACCAAGAAGAUUGACUACAGUGCAUUCAAAGCCAUAAAUGAUGCCUGUCUCAUCGUGGAUCAUAGAAUCGUUAUCAACAAUGAUUUCCACACUGUUGAUCCUAACAUCUGGGCAGCUGGCACCUUCACCAAAUACCAACGGGUUUUAUAUUCUGACAACUGGGUACAUAGCAAGUUUAGCUCAAAGGAAAUAGGUUGUACUCUGGCCAACAAAAUUCUGAAGAUCUUCAAUCCAGUUAUGCAUGAGAAUGAAACUAAAAACCUAGAAGAAGAUGCAGAAUUAGUUAUGGCAUACACCGAACCCAGAAUCAGCAGCGCCUUGCUACCAGGUGGUUUCCAUUACUUAAAUGUGAGCAAACCUGCUGUCAUUAACGAAUUCUAUGACUCAACCGUACAAACUGGUUAUGUUUUAAAAACUGGCAAGCCCACAGACCCUUGCGGCUAUUUCGAAGUUUUCCUCAACCGGUAUAAACAAGUUGAAACCAUCAUUUGUCUUAGAAAGGAACCUUUUGCAGCCAGCAAUUUUGUGGAAUUGUAUGGAGUCCAUGAAUCCAUCCUAAACAACAUGUUGCAGCGUUAUGAGGAAGGCUUAAUAAGGAUUUCUUCUGAUCUUAUAUCUGCCUAUGCUCCAACUUAUAAAUUUUAUCUGCCUACCAAGCUUUUCUUCAUGGAACCGUACUGUCUGCCAAUCUACCAUGAUCGUUUUAAAGACAUACGACAAGAAAUCCGUCAAGUAAUUUUGGACGAGAAGGCAAUGUGCAAUAUUAAUGCAGAACUGAGAGAAAUGCUGCAAGAUUCCGAUGGUGUAGCAGAAAUGUUUCCGAAAGCUGAUCUCUCAGAUCUAAUUGAUAGAUACAUGCAGACAAAUGCUCCGCGCCGUCUCGUCGAACACCAUGUACUCGCUUACCUCUACUACAAUUAUUAUCAUCUACCAAUGUUUGCAAAACCUGGAUGUAUUUAACCAUUUAAGCCAUUCUUCAUCUAUGAAUCUCUCUCACACACACAUGCAUAUAUAUAUGUAUAUAUAUAUAUAUAUAAUAUAUAUAUGUUAUGC